AAAUGCCCGGAUUUUGGUUCACUCCUCCCUUUUCAAAGAUCUGUUUGUGGAGGGGAAAAGCAGCACAUCUUUCCCACGAUUGCCAAUGGGUCUGGAGCGACAGGAGAUGGUGAAAUAUGAGGGACGUGCGGGGACCCAGAAGGAGGCUGACGAAUUGCAGGGAGCGUGGGAGCAAGACGGCUGCAGAAUCACGAGUGUCGAGAUUGUCCCAGGUGGAGACAGGAGGGGCCAUGGAGCAAACUCGGAUGCGGGUGACCUUCGAGGAGGUGGCUGUGUAUUUCACCCAGGGGCAGGGGGCGCUGCUGGGCCCCGCUCAGAGAGCCCUCUACAGGGACGUCAUGCAGGAGAACUACGAGGCGGUGACCUCGCUGGGGUUUCCCAUUCCCAAACCUGAGCUGAUCGCCCGGCUGGAACGAGGGGAAGAGCCCUGGGUGCCCGACCUCCGGGCCGGGGAGGAAAGAGAGAUCUGGAGAGGCACCUGCACAGCAGGUGAUGAGCUGACGAGUGAGAAUGAAGGGAAUACACAGCUGGAAGUUCCUGAACUAGUGGAACCUCAGGAAACUUUCUCGGAGAGAGCCGAAGGGGCUACUUCUCAGAGCAAUGAGCAGGAAGAAGCCUGGGAGAGUUGGAGUAUGUCUGAAGGGCAGCAGGGAAUCCAGGCAAGGAAGAAAGCGGAUAGAUCAGUUUUGUGGCAAGGAGGGGUCAAGGAUUUGAAGAAAACCGCAGCCCAGCAGAGAAUCCACCUGGGGGAGGGAAGAAACACCUGCUUUGCCUGUGGGAAAAGCUUCAGUCGGCACUCAAACUUUAUUUCUCACCAGCGGAUUCACACGGGAGAGAGACCCUAUACCUGCGCGGAGUGUGGGAAAAGUUUCAUUCAGAGCACACAGCUGAUUAGACACCAGAGAGUGCACACAGGAGAGAAGCCCUACAAAUGCCUCGAAUGUGGGAAAGGCUUCAAUCAGAAUGCACACCUCACCAGACACGAGAGGCUGCACGUGGGCGAGAAAUUGUAUAAAUGCCCCAAGUGCGGGAAAAGCUUCCAUCGGAGUUCAGAUCUUACCUCCCAUCAGAGAAUCCACACUGGGCAGACUCCCUACCAGUGCCUGGAGUGUGGGAAAAGUUUUGACUGGAGCUCCCGACUUAUUGCGCAUCAGAGAAUCCACACUGGAGAGAGACCUUAUAAGUGCCCGGAUUGUGGGAAAUGUUUCAUUCACAGCUCGGAUCUUCUUGCCCAUCAGAGAAUACACACUGGGGAUCGACCCUAUACAUGCCCCGAUUGUGGGAAAAGCUUCAACCACAGCUCCGAUCUGCUUUCCCACCAGAGAAACCACACGGGAGAAAAACCCUACCAGUGCCCGGACUGUGGGAAAAGUUUUAAUCGGAACGCUCACCUGGUUCGACACCGGAGACGACACACGGGAGAGGAAGCUUAUAAAUGCGCCAGCUGUGGGCAAAGCUUCCGUCAGAUCUCAGAUCUGAUUUCUCAUCAGAGGAGCCACGCGAGCGAGAAACCCUACGAAUGCCGCGACUGCGGGGAAAGGUUAAGUGACCGGUCGGCCUUCAACAGGCACCGCCGGACCCACACGGGGGAGAAACCCCAUAAAUGCCUCGCCUGCGGGAAAAGUUUUGAUUGGAGCUCGAACCUCGUUGUGCAUCAGAGAGUUCACACGGGAGAGAAGCCCUAUAACUGCACUGAGUGUGGGAAAAGCUUCAAUCGGAGGUCAAACCUUAUUUCCCAUCAGAGACUCCACACUGGAGACAGGCCUUUUACAUGCCCUGAGUGUGGGAGAAGUUUUAAUCAGCGAGAACACUUUGUUAGGCAUCAGAGGCUCCACACGGGAGAAAAGCCCUAUAAAUGCCUGGACUGUGGGAAAAGUUUCAUUCAGAGCUCGCAUCUCAUUCGACACCAAAGAGUCCACACGGGAGAGCGGCCGUAUAUGUGCCCGGAGUGUAGGAAAAUGUUUCGGGACGGCUCAGCCUUUAUUAACCAUCAGAGAAUCCACACGGGUGUUAAACCCCAUAAGUGCCUGGACUGUGGGAAAAGCUUCAUUCAGAGCUCCCAGCUUAUUACACACCAAAGAGUCCACACGGGAGAGCGACCCUACAAGUGCCCGGAGUGCGGGAAAAUGUUUGCCGACGGUUCAGUUCUUAUUAACCAUCGGAGAAUCCACACAGGAGUUAAACCCCAUAAGUGCCUUGACUGUGGGAAAAGCUUCAGUCGCAGGUCCUCCCUCGUUAGACAUCAGAGGACCCACACAGGCGAGAAACCCUUUGUCUGUGAGUGCGGGAAAAAGUUCAGUGACAGUUCAGCCCUUAUUGUGCAUCAGAGACUCCACACGGGGGAUAAACCCUUUAAAUGCUCUGACUGUGGGAAAAGUUUCAUUCUAGUCUCCCGGCUCCAAGCACAUCAGAGAAUCCACACAGGCGAGAACCCCUGUAAAUGUCUCGAAUGCGGGAAGAAGUUCAGUGACAACGCAAACCUUAUCACGCAUCAGGGUACCCACACAGGAGAGCGCCCCUAUAAAUGCCUGGACUGUGGGAAAAGUUUCAGUCACAGCUCAGAUCUCAUUAGACAUCAGAGAACCCACACAGGAGAGAGACCGUAUACAUGCCCGGACUGUGGGAAAAGUUUCAGUCAGAACUCAAAUCUUAUCAUACACCAAAAACUGCACAAAGGAAAGAAACCUUACACAUGCACUGAGUGUGGGAAAACCUUCAUUCGGAGAUCACACCUGAUUUCCCAUCAGAGGAUCCACACAGGAGAGAAACCUUACAAGUGUCUUGUCUGUGGGAAAGGUUUCAAUCAGACUGCAAACCUUAUUUCCCAUCAGAGGAUCCACACGGGGGAGAAACCCUAUAAAUGCCUGGACUGUGGCAAAGGUUUUAAUCAGGGCUCCCACCUUGUUAGGCAUGAGAGAACCCACACGGGGGAGCAACCCUAUAAAUGCAUGAACUGUGGGAAAGGUUUCAUUCAGAGCUCACAUCUUAUCAGGCACGAGAGAACCCACACAGGUGAAAAACCCUAUAAAUGCCUGGACUGUGGGAAAAGCUUUGUUCUGAGCUCAGAUCUUAUUUCCCAUCAGAGUAGCCACAUGGGGGAAAAACCCUAUAAAUGCCUGCUCUGUGGGGAAGGUUUUGAUUGGAACAUGCAGCUUGUCAGACAUCAGAUGCACCACAUGGGAGAGAAACCCUACAAAUGCUUGGAUUGUGGGAAAGGGUUUAGUGACAGUUCAGCCCUUAUUAUACAUCAGCGACUCCACACGGGGGAGAAACCUUAUAAAUGCCUCGACUGCGGAAGACGAUUCAAUCGGAGCGCACAUCUAACGAGGCACAAGAAAACCCACAUGGGAGAUAAACCCUAUAAGUGCCUGGACUGUGGGAAAAGCUUCAACCAAAGCUCCUACCUUAUUUCCCAUCAGAGAACGCACACAGGAGAGAAACCCUAUACAUGCCUGGAGUGUGGGAAAAGAUUCAGCUGGAGCUCCAAUCUGAUUUCACAUCAAAGAACUCACACAGGAGAGAGACCAUACAAGUGUCUGGACUGUGGGAAAAGGUUUGUUGACAACUCCGCCCGUAUUAAACAUCACAAGAUCCAUACAGGAGAGAAACCUUAUAAAUGCCUCCACUGCGGGAAAAGUUUCAGCCGGAGAUCAACCCAUGUUCGACAUCAGAGAAUGCACACAGGAGAGAAACCUUGAAUGUCGGGAGUUGCUUCUGUUUGUAUCAGGCAUCAGCACAUCCAUACAGGGAAUAGACCUCUUAAAUAUGUUUAACAUGGAAAAUGUUUCAAGUGGAAUUGUCAUUCGAGACUCCACACAAGAGAAGUUCUGUCAAUUCCAUCACUAGGACUGGACGUAAUUUCUUUAAAAAAUGAAUCCAUUCCCCCUGUACCUAUCUUUGAUUUCAUUCAUGCUAAGCCAGACUCAUCAAGGCUGUAGAUUUAAAUGUCCCAGGCCUGGAGGAGGAAUUCAAACCUAUUCCCAAUAUUGUGUGAUCGUUCUGAGCUUAAAUCUCAAUGGACAAGUAUUGGUGAAGUAGGUUCUGGCCUCUUUCCUGCCAAUUUGCAGACGGCAAUUUGGCUUUUCACCUUUCAUGCAGGUGACGUUAAAUCUUUUGUAAUGGAUGUGACUGUGUCAGAGGGCUCUGAACAGGGCAGGUGUAGAGAGAUCAGUAGAGAGCCUGGGUAAAUCUGUUCUCCUGAGAUGGAAUCAUCUUGACCAAGCUAUAGAUUGUCACUUUAUAUGGUCCUGAAAGCCUCUAAUAAAUCACCAUUUAUUAGGGGUUGUUCUCUAUUUGUUGAAGGCCAUUUGGUCACUUAAUAGUGUAUUAGUUUUGUUUUUCAG